AUGGGGGCGCACGCAGUGCCGUACUGCACCACCGGGGAGCGCAGCUUCUACAUCACCCCCCAGCAGAUGGAGCUGCUGCGGCUGCGUGGUGCCGAGUUCAAGCUGCAGGCGAUGUGCAUCCAGCUGGACGACCCCAACCGCUUCCGCUUCCACUGGCCCCUCAUGGCGGAGCUACACGUAAACAGGCAGCCCGUGCGCGUGUACACGCGCAGCGGUGGCUACAAGCUGGGCGCCAACCAGAGGGAUGAGGCGGCUGACGUGUCGCGGCUGGUGGUGCAGGGGCGCAACACGAUCCAGUUUGCGUGCAGCGACGCGCGGCCGUUUGCCGUCGCGCUGAUGCUCAUGCGCCAGCGCAGCCUGCAGCAGGUCAAGGCCCUGAUGGAGCCGCGGGAGCCCAUGCCCGCCGCCCUGGAGCGCGUGCGGCGCUGCAUCAGGGGCGGCUGCGAGGAGGGGGACGAGGACAUCGAGUUUGGCAACGUGGUGGUGUCGCUCAAGGACCCCUACACCUGCUGCCGCGUGGCCGUCCCGGCGCGCUUUUGCGACGCGGGGGUGGGGCUGGAGCCGUUUGACCUGGAGCCGUUCCUCGACACCGCCCGCCGCACGCGCAAGUGGACGGACCCCCACACCAUGCGCCACAGCUGCGUGCAGAGCCUGCAG